UCGCCAAAAUUCAAUCGAUUAAUAUAUUCAAUUAAAUCGAGUUCAGUUCCAAUUAUCUCCCUUUUCCAAAAAGAUUCACCAAUGGCGGACGCAGCACCAGCCGGUGGACGUGGAGGUUUUCGCGGUGGGUUCGGUUCCGGCGAGCGUGGUCGUGGCCGUGGACGAGGCAGGGGACGCGGGCGCGGUAGGGGCCGUGGGCGUGGCAAUAAGGAUGGCGACAAGGAAUGGAUGCCCGUCACCAAACUAGGCCGCCUUGUAAAGGACAUGAAGAUCAAGUCAUUGGAAGAGAUCUACCUCUAUUCUUUGCCAAUCAAGGAGUUUGAAAUUAUUGACUACUUCCUCGGCCCCAGCCUGAAGGAUGAGGUUCUUAAGAUCAUGCCUGUCCAGAAGCAGACUCGUGCUGGUCAGAGGACAAGGUUUAAGGCAUUUGUUGCUAUUGGUGACCACAAUGGUCAUGUUGGACUGGGAGUCAAGUGUUCCAAGGAAGUGGCUACAGCCAUCCGUGGUGCCAUCAUACUGGCAAAACUGUCUGUGGUUCCAGUAAGACGAGGCUACUGGGGUAACAAAAUCGGCACUCCACAUACUGUCCCAUGCAAGGUGACUGGCAAGUGUGGCAGUGUAAUGGUGCGUUUGAUCCCUGCACCCCGUGGUACAGGUAUCGUCAGUGCCCCAGUCCCCAAGAAGCUGCUGAACAUGGCAGGUAUCGAGGACUGCUACACGUCAGCUAAAGGAUGUACAGCUACUCUUGGCAACUUUGCCAAGGCUACCUAUGCUGCCAUUGCCAAUACGUACGCGUACCUGACCCCUGAUCUGUGGAAGGAGACAGUUUUCACCAAGUCACCUUACCAGGAGUUCACUGACUACCUGGCCAAGAACCACAAACGCUCGGAGUUCCAGAGACAGGAACAGAAGAUCUACUAGACCACAUGAACUCACUGUGUAUUGAUACAUUUUGUGUCACAUGAAUGAAUAAAUCGUAAAGAAGA